CAAAUCAUUUCGUAUUUAUUUUUCAUAGUAAUCAGUGGGUUUUUCCUUCAAUAACUUCGUAAAGUGGUUUUUGAAAAAAUAAAAAAUCGUACAAUUGUUUGAACAUACAUAAUUAUGCACAAAUGACAAAUAGUUAACGCACAAAAUAAGAAGUUACUUGUUUUGAAACUUUAAUAGUGCAUUAUCGUAAAAGCAGUAAAGUGUAUUUGCACAAAUCGCAAAGCCAGAAAGAAAAACGUCAUCUUUUUUGUUCAAUUGAUUGGCUGGCGACUACGACGAAUAAAGUCGCACCAAGAAAAAAAGUGUUCGCAAUAAUAGAAGAAAAACAUAAAUAGUUAAAAAAGUAAUUAGUGGUCCAUUUCAGUUUAUUAAAAAAAAGUUUAAAAGGCAAUAAAAGAGGAAAUUUAAAACUUAAUAGCAGCAAAAUCAAAACCAAACUAUCUAAAUACAACACGCAGAUAAACAAGUAUGAACAGCGUUGUGAAUAGCACAGCGCCCAGUACAGCUAGCUUCAUUGAAACGAAUGGCACAGCAGCAGUCGCAGCCGCAGUUGCCGCAUCGACGAUGACCGAAUCAUCAGCAACAACAACAACAUUAAAGCCGAAUUUCAUCGUACAAGCGAAACCAAUGACAUCGCAAAUUGAUCCGCUCAGUCAUGUCGGUGAUGGUAUCUUCCUGCAGACAAAAACCGCCCAAGGACUUGCGACCAUUUUCGUCUGGGUGGCGCUCUUCAUCACAUGCCAACAGAUUUAUCAGCAUCUGCGUUGGUAUACAAAUCCACAGGAGCAACGUUGGAUAGUACGUAUACUAUUUAUUGUGCCCAUGUACGCAACAUAUUCCUGGAUUAGUUUGUUUUUCUUCAAUUCCGAUAAUGUGUACGUGUAUUUCUUUACCGUGCGCGAUUGCUAUGAGGCGUUUGUUAUCUACAGUUUUCUGUCGCUCUGCUAUGAGUACCUUGGCGGUGAGGGCAAUAUUAUGUCCGAAAUACGGGGCAAACCCAUUAAGAGCUCGUGUAUGUAUGGCACUUGCUGCCUGAAGGGCAAAACGUAUACAAUCGGUUUCCUACGUUUUUGCAAACAGGCCACAUUGCAAUUUUGCUUGGUGAAACCACUUGUGGCAUUCAUAAUUAUUUUCCUGCAAGCCUUUGGCCACUAUCACGAUGGUGAUUGGAGCGCAAAUGGUGGCUACAUUUACAUUACCGUUAUUUAUAAUAUAUCCGUUACUCUUGCCCUCUACGGUUUAUACCUAUUCUAUUUUGCUACGCGUGAUUUACUAACACCAUUUGAGCCAGUUUUGAAAUUUUGCACAAUCAAAUCAAUUAUCUUCUUAUCGUUUUGGCAAGGUGUUUUGCUGGCCAUUUUGGAAAAGGCCAAAGUCAUCUCACCGAUUGUGGACAGUGCAGGCACUGUCACUUCAGCUGGUACUGUUUCGGCGGGUUAUCAAAACUUUUUCAUCUGUAUUGAAAUGCUGUUUGCUGCGAUUGCUUUGCGCUAUGCAUUCCCCUAUCAGGUUUAUGCACGCAGCUGUAUUGCCGACGGCCAGGGUCGCUCUGUAACCAUGCAAUCGAUUUCAAGCAGCCUUAAAGAAACCAUGAACCCCAAGGAUAUUAUGACAGAUGCUAUACACAAUUUCCAUCCACAAUACCAACAGUAUACACAAUAUAGUUCCGGUGGCAAGAAUUCACGUGGUAUACGUGUCUCCUCCUAUGAUCCUGAUGAACCAAGCGCCGCUCAUCAUGGCAACAGCAGUAAUACAGCGAUUGGUAAUAACGGUACAAUGAAUAAUUCGGCUAAUGCCAGCACUGGAACACCUGGUGGCAGCAUCACCAGCUGCAUUGCCUCCAAAACACUGGGUAAUCAAAGGAAAUUCAUGCCAGGUGGUCAGAGAGUCGCUACAAUCAGCCAGAAUUAUAAUGAGAAGACAAUGCUGCUGAGCAGUGAUGAUGAAUAUCAGUAGAAUACUGUUUUUGAUUGAGCAUGAAGCAAGAAUAAGGAAGAUGUGCCAUUGUGGUGAAGUGAGUAAUGGAAGCAAGCCGCCCUAAAAGCACUUUUUAAAUACAAUAAAUAAAGAAAAAAGCUGAAAACUCACUGAUUAUACUGAAGAAAACAAAGCGAAAGUAUAUACUUAUGUACAUUUGGACGUGUGUUGGCGUUUUGAUUGUCAUUUUUUUUUUUGCUAUUAUUGUAAUUUAUUUUAAAAGACGAAAUUGUCGUCUGGAGUUUCAUGGUGAGGCUGAAUUUCUACUCUAAAAUAAAUGUAUAAAAUUAUAUUCAAA